AUGGGUUGUUGCUUGAUAGCUAGUGUGUCUUGCUGUGUGUUAUAUGACUCUGGAGCGACACACUCCUUUGUGUCAGAUAAUUGUGUGAAACGUCUGGGUUUGCCAGUAUGCGAGCUACAGUGCGAGCUUGCAGUGUCUACUCCGGCGUCGGGAUUGGUCACGACGUCGUCUUUGUGUGCUAGGUGUCCAGUGGAGGUAGAGGGACGCAGGUACAAGGUGAAUCUGCAAGACUUGGAAGUGAUCUUAGGGAUGGAUUGGCUCUCUGCCAAUCGCGUCCUUAUAGACUGCCGGGAGAAGAGGUUGUUGUUUCCCGAUUUAGAGGAGCUCGAGUUGGUGUCCCCUCAGGGGGCGAUGAGGGAGAUUCAGAGUGGCGCGCAGUGCUUCAUAAUCUUCGCUCGUAUGGAGGUGGGAGAGAGAGAGAGAGACCAUCAGUCAUACCUGUGGUACAUGAGUUUGAAGACGUAUUUCUGGAUGAAGUACCAGGGUUGCCUCCCAGUAGAGAAGUGGAGUUCUUUAUCGACCUGGUACUAG